AUGCUGCACAAGCCUGCCGAUGAAGCACUGGAUUGGGUGGCAGUCCGCCAUGUUCGCCAUGUUCAAGCGACUGCCGCCCUCGUAAUCUUCUGCCAGCGCACGCACCAGCCGUCCGUGCGGAUCACGGUCGAGCACCCGCAGAAUGUGAUUCAGGAUCUCGACCAGUACAUUUGCCAUUACUCCACCACGAUCUUGUCCGUUAAGGCGCACAUUCGGCGCGAGCUUGCUCUGCCAGAUCAUCGACCCAUCGAGUUGAAGAUCAACCAGCAGGUGGUGAGCAAUUGUCUGCAGGCGGCUCCUCGCUUCAACCCGACGCCAUCGCUUGGGCUGGCGCCCCCCGUGCCCUCUCAGUUCUCGCGGGAUCUCAUGGACAGCUUGGAUGGCGCUCGGGUGCCCAACACGCAGGAGGCUGCACUGCUGGCAACUGCCGAUGACGAUAUCCCGACUAUAGGCGGUGGAGAUGACGCGCGGGCGGCGGUAGAGAAGCGGAAGAAGAUCCACGGCGCCGAGCAGUCGGACGCCAUCUUCGCAGCUAUUUUCAAGAAGGUCGAUGCGAAGAAGAGCCGGCUCAGCCAGGUGCUCGCGACGCCCGUCGCCAAGAACACGGGGCUCGUCGCCGACACCGAGAAGUACGCGCAGAUCGUAGAGAGGGAGCGCCCUGACUGGAGCUCGGAUCUCAAGCGCAUCGGCGUCGCGGCCCUCUGCAUGUAUCGGUCGCGCUCAGUGGACGUGGGAACCGUGCAGCACGUGCAAAUGAUUUGGAUCAUUCUUGGCGACCGCCUUCUCCGCGCCCACAAUGGACGGGCUUACUUCUACGCUGAGCGCCUCGGUUACUUCGAUGUUUUCGGCGGCCUGCUCCCGCCAGAGUUACUAUUCGCGGCAUCUCGCUUCAUGCUGACUCUGGAAGGGAUAUUCAGAAGAGAGGUCCCAAGCGGCGUGGAGCGAAUGGAUUCCGCCGUGAUCACGGCCAUUGACAGCACUGUUGAGAAUGCGGUGGCGAAGAUCAGCGGAGACAUACCUUACGCAGCCAAGGAGGCGGCCGCGCUCGUCUCGUUCCGCGACAACUGCGACACCAUGCGAUCUGCUGGCGUCGCCGACGAAGACUGCAUCGUGAAGUACGAUGUGCUGGGUAAUCCUGUGACAUUUUCUUCUGGGCGAUCACCUGAGAACUCGGUUUACAUUGGCAUCCGCUCGCAGCCCCUUUCCACCGACCCCGUGCUCGACGCGGCGGUGGCCCGCGUGCAGAAGAUAUAUUCACAGACGUUCUGGCCCAUUCCAGAUGCUUUCGUGUUCGGGCAGGCGGCCCAGGCGCUCGCGAAGAGAGGCUACAGCGUUGACACUAUCACAAUGCAUUGGGGACCUGGCGGCGUUGGUCUGAGUUUGCUUACGAGCCAUUUGGAGGCGAUGUACGGCCACAAGAAUCACAAAUACUUCGAUCCCAAUAUAAUUUUCGUCGAUGACGAGUUACGCAAGGUGGUCGAGCUGCUGGUCGACGGCUUUAUCUUCACAAGUCAAGACUCACUUAAGAAAUUUGCCACAGCGGAGGGUGUUUCUGGAAGACUUCCGCAUCCAAUAUUGACCAAGAUGUUUCGCAUUGUGGGUUGCACGAGACUCGAGGUCAACAAGUUCCUGGUGUUCGACGAUAUCACUGAGCAGAACGUGGAGUCGUUGAUGCGCAGGCUUGCCGCGGUGAAGAUACAAGCGCGGCUUUUCGAUCGCGUGCAUGUUGAGAAGAACUUCGGCGACGCCGCGGCCGCCGGGAUCUUCGCCCGCGACCCAGAUGCGAAGGAGUUUCUUAUGUCCUCCGUCGGCGUCGCCGCUGGGCAUCGAGUGCAAUUCGCAUUCGAGGACGAUAACGGCGCGGAGGCGCGUCGCGACAUUAUCGUUCGGCAUGCCCGCUGCGGCGGCGAUCGAGGAAUUACGGAGAAGUCGCCGCGGCAGGCUUGCGGCCUCCUCGAGAGGACGUCGAACGCGGCUGGGCCCCUGCAGGCGGAGAUCGACGCGCCCAACUCGCAGGGGCACGGGUGCAAAGUCCCCAAAGAGUGGUUGGAUUUCAGCAUGGCACUCGUUCAAGAAUGUCAAAACAAAAUGGACUUCCUUACGCUUCCAGCUUUCAAGGCGAUGCCGCUGCCGACCAGUUGCAAGCUUCCUGCCCCUAAGCCGAAGGCCUUUCAGCGCCUGCAGACAGAGGGCCUAUGGGUGGGCAUCGGAACAGUGGGCAAGGCGGCCGAUCGCAUCGCGCCGCGCAUACGCACCAAGAACGGCAUGAGCGCGCUGAUCGACGCUGCCGAGAAGGCUGCGCGCGAGGCGGCGCGGUCGGAGAGGGCUGAAUCAGUUCGACGCAUGGAGUCUUUCAUCGAUACUUUGGCGAGCAGGGACAAGCGCGUUCAGGAAAUCAAGAGGUCUCGCCUCUUCGUCGACGACUCUGCGGGCGCGCAGUCCAUAGACCAGCGCUUGCAUAAGGUUUUGCUCACCAACACGUUCGAUUUGGACAUGGAGAACUUCUCGUUCUGCAUCCUUCCGCAGAUGUUGAAGCGGCUGAGCCUCCUGGACGAGAAGGGGAAUGAGUUCCCUGCUGCCCUGUCCAGGGCGUCCAGGAUGCCGAGGCGGCUGGCGGUUUCGCUGCUGCCUGACGUGCACCGCGCGGCGCAACAGCACGAGGGGAAAUGGGCGGAGGCUUCUCCAUUUAGUUAUCCAUGGCAGGGCGUACAGAACAACAUACUGCAGCACGUCGUCAAUUUCAUUUGCGAGGAGCGCGUGAAUCACCUGUCCUUGCAUUUCGACGGCGCGCGCGUGGACGUGGACCGCGUCGCCGCGACGGGGAGCUCGGAAGAUUUCUGCAAGGGCUGCUCUGAGCGAGUUCACGCCACCACCGGCUACGCCGUCACGUUGCGCAACAAGGAGCAUUCCUAUUUCUUUGACCUCCUGCCCGCGAAGAGCGCGGCAGUCGUUGAUGAGGGCGGCCCGCGCAGCAACGAAGACAACAAGCAUCUGCUUCUACGCGGCAACUGCAUACCCUGCGCGUUCGCUGCAGUGACUGGACAGUGGCAGAGCGUGCGACAGGUCGAGGAUUUCAGGAAGUGCCGCGACGUGGCAGAGCUGCUGGGCACGCGAUUCUUUCCGCGGGCGAGCCUCCUGGACUGCCGGGAAGGGGGCUACCUUCUUCACGCGGAGAACGGCGGGCUUCCGCAUUGCGUCGGCGCGGCGAUCCAGGGCGGGAGCGUCGUGGUGGUCUGCGAGAAGGGCGCUGCUCGUAAGAUGAGUGUUUUUGAUUUCGAGGAAUGCUACGCCAGCGCGCUCGACAUGAAGAUGCCGAGGAGAGCGCGCGGCUGGACGGGCUGCUGGAUCUCCUGGCUGCUGGCCGAUGGGACGAUGACGGCGCGCUCCGCGACCCGUUCGAACAUCAACUCCAGGCGCCACAAUGAGAACCUCAAUUUCUUCGAACUGCUGCGCGCGAAGGGCUUGGCGGUAGACGAUUACGACAGCGGCGCGCCGAGCAGCGCGGGCGACCAGCUGUUUCGGCGCGGCAACUGCAUACCCUGCGCGUCCGCGGCAGUGACUGGACAGUGGCAGAGCGUGCGAGAGAAGAUUGUGGAGCAGCAGGUCGAGGAUUUCAGGAAGUACCGCGACGUGGCAGAGCUGCUGGGCACGCGAUUUUUCCCGCGGACCAGUCUCCAGGAUUGCAAGGAAGGGUGCUACCUUCUUCACGCGGAGAACGGCGGGCUUCCGCACUGCGUCGGCGCGGUGAUCCAAUGCGGGGAGGCCGCGAUCUGCGAGAAAGGCAAGGCGCAGAAGAUGAGCGUGUCCGUUUUCGCGGAGUGCUACGCCAGAGCGCUCGACAUCAAGACGGUCGCGGCUUCCCGCCUGGACGAUGGCAUCGACGAUGACGAGAGCGCGCAGUUGGACAGGCUGCUGGAACUACUGGCCGCUGGAGACGACGAGGGCAGCGAAGCCAGUUGCGACGAGGAGAGUUGCGACGAAGGCACUGUAGACGUACGCUCCGAGCUACUGCGGGCGCUGAAGGCGGAGAUGGACGCCGCGAAAGCGGCCGUGGGUCGCGGCCGCCAGUCGCGUUGCAUUCUCUGCCCCUUCAAAGAGUUCGACAUGAGCAGCCCCAAGGCGAAACGGAACUUGCUGACGCACCUAUCGAAUUAUCAUAACCCGGAGAAGAAGAGCCAACGAACUGGUGCGAGGCAGAUGGGCUGCGGUAACUACGUGGCGUCUGGCGCGAAGCAGAUGAAGACGGUCUUCGCGAUGUUCGAUCCCGACCGAUGCCGUGGGAAAAGCCAGGGGCGGUAUCUCGAACGCAGUGCCCAGAUGUUGCAACAGGGUGUGAAGCCUGCGCCGACCUGCCUCAAGAUUGACCGCGACACCCGUCUCCUCUUGGACGACGCUGGCCCGACGUUCAUCAACGCAGCCGCUGUCCGGCCCUGGCCGUCCGAGGGCCCGACGACGCUGGCGAGGCGUGUCGGGGGCACGUACUACAGCCACGCAUUCGCAGAGAUUCUCUUCAAGGAGUUCAUGCUGAACUACGGGCACGUUCGGCCCACUCGCGCGCGCAUCGUGGUGAGAUGCGCGGAGGCAGGGUCGCAGCUGACGCACUUGCUUCCGCAGAAGGUUCCCCAAUGGCUGGAGCUGUUGGAAGAUCUCCUCAUCGCGCCAUUUGUUCGCGCUGCGCGCGAUCUGCACAUGCAGCAGUUGCUCGAUCACGACGAGUUCGUGCACAUGUCGGUUGACGCCACCAUCAGGGCGGCCAUGCGCAUCGAAGUGCAGGCGAAUGAUCGAGACUCUGCGGAGAAGAGAGCCGCUGCGCCAUUCGACGACACGGUUGCCAAGAGGCGGAUCCUCACAGUGCGCGGCCGCACGGCGGCCGUCGCAGGCAGGUGGCCGAUCGCGUCUGAGGCCGCGCGGAACAUCAAGGAGAUGCUCCAGAUGCGUCCUCCACAGGCAGCUCUCGAUCAGUGUCGCUCGAUUGCGACGGGCGAGCCCUCUGGUGAGUUAUACGGACAGCUGUGA